AUGGCGGAUCGUAGUCAUGGCUCCACAUCCAGGAACAGGCGUCCGCCCCCAGUGAUUCCUCCCUCUUCUCUAGCUGAAUCUUCGCUCCCGACAAAGCAUUGGCGACUUCCACACGAUUUGGCGGCGCCGUCAAGGAUCAGGCCUCUCACAUCUCAGUGCCUUUAUAAGCCCAACUACAACGUCAAACAAAACGGUCUUUACUUCCAGAAUGCAGGAGAGUCACAGCGCUCAAUGUCCAGCUUUCAGUGGCUGCCGCCUACCAAUGAUGUUUCCAUUCCGCUCACCGACGAACAGGAUUGUCAGGUCGUAACAGAGAUUGUCGAUGCUAUGAAGGACAUGUCUAAGGCAAAGGACACAGUAGCAAGUGCUUAUCGCAAGCGCUUUACACCUCCGGAGCACUAUUAUCAGGAUUGGGCAAUUGAGGCCUGCGCUUGGGAUGUCCUCCUUCUCGCAAAGCAGAUUCAUACUGGUGGUUUCAAUUCUCGCAUCUAUGAUUCCGCGCUCAUCGAUGCCAUCGGCGAAACUCAACAUUGGCAUUUUGAGGAUCGUAUUGGAUGGAUCUGUAUGGCUCUUAGGACUUCGAAGAACGUCGCCGUGAAUCUCUUGAAAAAGGAAAAGGUCAUGACUAUUGUUGGCGCACCACACAAGCUCCAUAAGGCCACUCUUGUCAACACAAAGUCUAAUGCCAACCGCGGUAUUUGGACCGCUAAUGGCCGCGAUGCUGAUUUAGAGCAUCAGAAUCGUCCUUUCAAGAAGCGGACCGAUGAAAAUGGCAACCCACUGCCUUUACCAAAGCGACAGGUACCGAUCGACAAAGAUACCGAGGAAAUGACACGCAAAGGCAAAAAGCAGGCCAAAGUGACCAGCAAGGAUGGGACCACACCAACUUCUCCACUUCUAGAGUCGUCUCCAUCUCCCUCUCCACAAGCUACGAACAGCCCGUCCUCCCACACCCACACCCAUCGCACCUCUGGCUUUCACUCGACUUGUGACUCUUUAACAACAAACAAGGAAGUUGAAACGACCGAUCAACGCAUCACGAGCUUUUCACUGGCCGCCAUCAACGAUAGGAUUGGAUCCAAAUCUCGGGUAUACGGUCACGAAAACAGCCACCUCAUGGACAUCGAAAGCAACUCUGUGGGCGGUGGUGAUAAUCCUCGAAACUUGAAUCCGGAGGGGCACAAUUCAAGCAACGUUUUCAAUAUGAAGAGUCGUUCCAGCGCCCACGGCAAGGGAGGCGUUGGCAUUGGCGAUCUUGGGAUCAAAAAUGCUGCAUUUGUUGACAACGUCACUGCUAGCAUGGCUGCUACCUCAUCCUCCUAUGCAUCACCCAUGACAACUCCCGUGAUCAAGACUGAGGAUACUGUAGAGAUGCCCGAUGAUGCAGAUAUCGAUGAUGCAGUUAUCGACGCCGCUCAUGUUCUGACUUUACUGCAUCGAGGUUCUGCAUCAUGA